CAGCACAGCUCUGGGAGAGCGGAGGGGAGGGGUUGGAACGUUUUUAAUCCCAUUGUCUAUCAGCCGGUGCGCGAAGCAUGUUCCGCGAGAACCCUUCUUGAUGUGUUGAAAAUCAUUCUGAAGUAGGAGCCUUUACAAAAUUGGAGUACGGGGCUAUUUACCGAACGGAAAACGGUCUUAUGUGACAGACAUCAGAACUACAUGUUGACGGGAGGAGACAGGGAGCGGAUGACAGCGAAUCAUGAGACAUACCUUCUUAUGGCCAGCACCCAGAAUGACAUGGAGGAUUGGGUGAAGACCAUACGCAGGGUCAUAUGGGCCCCAUUUGGUGGAGGUAUCUUUGGUCAGAAGCUGGAGGAGACGGUGCGGUACGAGAGGCGUUAUGGGAGCAGGCAGGCCCCCAUGCUGGUGGAGCAGUGUGUGGGCUUUAUACGCAAGUGGGGCCUGCGGGAGGAAGGACUGUUCAGGCUACCAGGGCAGGCCAACCUGGUCAAAGAGCUGCAGGAUGCCUUUGACUGCGGAGAGAAGCCCUCCUUCGACUGGUACGUAAAGAUAUGUUACGCUUACUGUAAACGACAUGAGAAAUGUGUCCAAAUAGCCCUGUCGGCCCUGGGAAUGAAGGAACUGAAAAGACAAGUGGAAUGUCUACCUCCAGUCAACUACAAUCUGCUGCAGUACAUAUGCAGAUUUUUAGAUGAAGUCCAGUCCUAUUCAGGUGUGAAUAAAAUGAGUGUCCAGAACCUGGCCACGGUCUUUGGUCCAAAUAUACUACGGCCAAAGAUCGAAGACCCUGUAGCAAUCAUGGAAGGUACAGUGCUGGUGCAGCAGCUGAUGUCUGUUCUGAUUGGUCGUCACGACGUGUUGUUCCCUAGAGACGAGGACAGUCCCAAGACACUGGAGCUGGUCAACAACAACAACGAGGUCCAGAAGAGGCUGACCCAGAUUGUGCCGACGGUACAGACUACAGAACAGAACAACAAUACCCAAAUACCCCAGCAGAGGGUGAAACAGUGUUCUUGGGAGACCCCCGAGUCGCCUCACCGCCAGCCCCCGGUAACGUUAGACAACAACGGCUCCGGUUCUCCUCGCUCAGCCAGCCCACUUAACGGCCAUGUUACCGGGCGCUUUGACCUGGCCCGCAGCCCGCCGUUAACAGUGAAGAAGAACCCGGCGGUCUCCAAGGGCAGCGGCGUGGUCACCAACGGCUCAUUUAGUUGUUCCCCCUCUGGAGACGCAGCCAACCAGGAGAAGAGCCAGACUCUGCCCGGAGGCAUCAGCGGCCUCCAGGCCCGGCGCACCCUGAAGGGCUCGGGCACCAAGAUGGGCACCAGCGGGGUCCCUAACGGAGGUGUCCGCAUGGGCGUGUCAAGUACCGACGUGGUGAACGGUACCCUGAACGGGCGUAAUGGUCUGUGGGUGCCCAAUGGCUACCCGGUCACCUUACGAGACAGCAAGUCUCGGGACUGUGGGGAGCAGACGGCAGCCCAGAACCGGCUGUCCACCUAUGACAACGUCCAGCAGCAACAACAACAACAACAGUUACAAAAUCAACAACAGCCGUGUCUCAGCUCUAGCUGUGAGGACAAGCAGAGUGUGGACAGUGCAACCUGGUCCACCUCCUCCUGUGAGAUCUCUCUUCCAGACAACUCCACGUCCUGCCGUUCCUCCACCACCACCUGCCCAGAACAGGACUUCUACGGUGGGCUGGGCCACUACCAGGACCCCCUGCUGCUGCUGGAUGGACCUAGGGGGCUGUCCUCCCUCGGCGAGCAGCCCCAGCCAGGGGGGGACGUGGAGGGGGAGCGGAGGAACGGUGGUGGAGGUAGUGGAGGGAGGGGUAGUGGAGCCACCAGCAGCAGUGAUAACAGUGAGACGUUCCCAGUCAAUAAAGGACCCAGUAGUCACAGUGCUCUACACAGCCUGGUGGCCAGCCUGAAACACGAGAUGCAGAAGCAGAAGACUGAGUACGAGGCCAGGAUAACAAGCCUGGAGCACAGUAACCUGGAGUUGGAGACUGAGAUGGGGACUCUUCACGAGGAGCUGAACCAGGAGAAGAAGAAGGUCACCAUGGUGGAGAUCAAGUUUCGUAACGCAGAGCGAGCCAAGGAUGACGCAGAGAAGAGGAACGACAUGCUGCAGAAAGAGAUGGAACAGUUCUUUUCUACCUUCGGAGAUCUGACCGACGACCCGCGCCGGCCCGACCGGGCCAAUACCAUCUGGAUCCAGUGAGGAGUUGUGGCAGUGCAGGGUGGACUGUGCCAUUUUAAUCGAAUGAGAGGGGGUGGAACUUGACAAUGACUUGGAGACAUAUUGAAAGGGACAUUACCGUCUGGAUCUAGUGAGGGGUGUGUACCACCCGGGGGGUGAGAGAAAGUGGGAGAAUGUACUAAGGAGACACUUUGACAGACUGCACCACCUGAAUCUAGUGCGAGGGGGGUGUCACAGUACACGGUGGAAUGUGCCAUUUUAAUCUAGUGCGAGGGGGUGUGGCAGUGCAGAGUGGACUGUGCCAUUUUAAUCUAGUGAGAGGGUGUGUGGCAGUGCAGGGUGGACUGUGCCAUUUUAAUCUAGUGAGAGAGGGCGUGGAGGUGCAACGUGGACUGUGCCAUUUUAUUCUAGUGAGAGGCGAUAGGAGUAUGUACUAAGGCGGGGUUUCCCAAACUUGGUCCUUUGGACCCAUGUGGCACAGAUUUUGUUUUUUGCCCUAGUACAACACAGCUGAUUGAAAUAAUCAACUAGUAAUCAACCUUUGAUGGCAAAAACCAAAAGGUGCACGUGUGGUCCCCAGGACUGAGUUUGGGUAACCCUGUACUAAGGACAAAACAUUGAGAGGGACAAUACCGUCUGAAAGCCAGAGACAUAUGGAUACAGUGUGUAGUGGGACAGGGUGCAUGGCGCUGGACCUCAACCAUGCUGACUGACUGUGGCAAUAUUACUGAAGACGUCAGGCGGCUGGUUAUCUGCCUGACACAGACUAUACCCAGCCUAUACAUGGACUACUGAAAGACUACACUACCCAUAAAACCAUUCUUCUUCCCCAUUUUCCUUCAAGAUCCAAUCAAGUAUAUAAUCAACCCUGUUCCAUGUUAUCAUGUAUCUGGCUGUGUAGAUAGAGGACCAUGUUAUCAUGUAUCUGGCUGUGUAGAUAGAGGACCAUGUUAUCAUGUAUCUGCUUGUGUAUAUAGAGAAAAAACUAUGCUGAAGAAGAGUUAUGUAUGUGUAAAAAAAAAAAAAAAUGUUACAAAAAUAUUUGUAUGUUUGUCUGGUAUAUUUAAACAACAUAACUACGUAUCCAUGAGUGACAUUUCCAUUUGAUAUCAAUGCUUUUUGUUUUAUUUUCAACAUGGUGGUACUGAAUUACUUUAUGUACGCAGAUUUAGUUUCUUGUGUCUCAAAUCAAGUUAAUAUAACUUGUGGCUUUUUUGUUGUUGCCACGGAGCCAUUUCAUUCAUCCCAAAGAAGAAGAGACGGAACGUGUACAUGUUAAUAUAGACACUUUGCUUUGUUUUGUCUGUACUGUAGCUUUAAGACAUUUUCCCGAUAGGAAUGGUCUGGCUUGAAAAUGAAUCAUAUUUUGUAGAUUCUAUUAAAACCUAAAUACAAGUCUGGUUAGUAAUGGUUUCAGCAUUGAAUGUUCAUCUAUAGUUGAUAUUUAUCCUCAACGGAAACUGUACACACAUUGGUAAUAAGACACAUCACUUGUUUCAGGAUGUUUGGUCCAAGACUGAAAAAUAAACAUUGUAGCUGUG